CGGCAGCCGUGAAGCGGGGCAGGGCGCAGGCCCUCAGCAGCCCCUCCUGUCCGAUCCGAUCCGAUCCGCUCCGCGCCAGCCCAGCCAGCUCCAUCGACGAACUAGCGGCCCCGUGGCGGCCAUGGAGCACCGCGGCGCCUCCCCGCUCCUCCUCGCCCUCGCCCUCCUCAGUGCCCUCUGCUGGCGGGCGCGGGCGUUGCCCCCCCGCGGGGCCGCCUUUCCCGCCCUGCCGCGAUUGGGAAACAGAAUGGCAUUUGAUGGAGCCAGUGAACCUGACCGUGCCCACGGGUCAUUAAGGUCUGAAUCAGACAUUUUGCAGAACACACUACCUGAAAAUGAGAAAUUCUAUUUUGAUCUGUCCAGAAUUAUUGAUAGAAAUGCAAGGCAAGAUGAUGGGAUUUUCACCAGUGUCUACAGCCAUCUUUUGGAACUUGCUGUGAAGAGAUAUCUGCAUUCGCUUAUUAGAAAACGAGUUAGCUCCCAGGACAGUCCUGUCAAACGUCACUCUGACGCUGUCUUCACUGACAACUACAGUCGCUUUCGGAAGCAAAUGGCUGUGAAGAAAUACUUAAACUCAGUUUUAACUGGAAAAAGAAGCCAGGAAGAGCUAAACCCUGCUAAACUUCGAGAAGAAGCAGAACUUGUUGAACCUUCCUUUUCAGAAAACUAUGAUUCUGUAGAUGAGCUGCUGAGCCACCUCCCACUGGACCUCUGAAGGACACCUUGAUGACAAGAACAAGUUAUUUUUGAGUUCCACAUAGUAUUUCAAAGAGAUGACUUUAGUCAUGAAACCAGAACAAAUAUGUUGUGAAGUGAAAGUUGUGAUAUAUUUGUUUCUUAUGUAAUAAAAGUUGAUAUUUACACUGUAAAUAUUACUCUAGAGUUCUCUAUUGAAAGCUGUACAUAUGGAUGCCAGUUUAACUCAAGAGAAGUCUGUGAGUCCAUAUG